UCCUAAGGAGGCUUACGUCAACCUUCGAAGGAGGAGUCCAUAAAACUCACAAUCUCGUUUUCUCUCAGAAAGAACAACGAACAGCUCUAAUUCUUUUAAACAAAACUUCUUCAGAGCUGUUCAAGUUCAAAAAAACAAUUUGAUAAAUAGAAGACAACAAAAGAUAUUGUAAGGAAAAACACAAAAAAAGAACCAAAGAUGUCGUACGGAUACGACGAUGAUUCAAAGAGGAAGAAGAGACUUGUUCUUAUCUCAAUCUCCUCUGUUCUCUUGAUCACGCUUGUGGUUGCCCUUACCGUCGGUUUCAGCCUCAAAAAGGGUGAAGUUAACGGUGACUCUGAAGGACAGAUAAAUGCUUCCGUCAAGGCCGUCAAGGACGUUUGUGCACCAACGGAUUACAAGAAGACUUGUGAAGACACUCUGAUCAAGAACGGUAACAACACGACCGACCCGAUGGAGUUGGUUAAGACGGCGUUUAGUGUCACGAUGAAGCAGAUCACUGACGCGGCUAAGAAGUCUCAGACGAUGAUGGAGCUUCAGAAGGAUCCGAGGACGAGGAUGGCGCUUGACCAGUGCAAGGAGCUGAUGGAUUACGCUUUAGGAGAGCUUAGUAACUCUUUCGAGGAACUUGGGAAGUUUGAGUUCCACAAGCUCGACGAGGCUUUGAUCAAUCUGAGGAUUUGGCUCAGCGCAGCGAUUAGCCACGAGGAGACUUGCCUUGAAGGGUUUCAAGGGACGCAAGGAAACGCGGGAGAGACGAUGAAGAAAGCCUUGAAGACCGCUAUCGAGUUGACACACAACGGGCUAGCGAUCAUAAGCGAGAUGUCGAAUUUCGUGGGCCAAAUGGAGAUUCCUGGGCUUAAUAGCCGCAGGCUUCUGGCCCAAGAAAUCCCCUCGUGGGUGGACCAGAGAGGGCGUAGGCUCUUGCAGGACGCAGCCGCAUAUUCCGAUUCGAAGCCUGAUAUCGUGGUGGCCCAGGAUGGGAGUGGUCAGUACACGACCAUCAACGACGCCUUGAAGAAUGUCCCCAAGAAGAAGAACACGACUUUCGUGGUUCACAUCAAAGCUGGACUUUACAAGGAGUACGUUCAAGUGAACAAGAGCAUGACUCAUCUCGUGUUCAUCGGUGAUGGUCCCGACAAAACCAUCAUUUCCGGCAACAAGAACUACAAGGACGGUAUCACUACCUACCGUACCGCCACUGUUGCAAUCGUUGGAGACUACUUCAUCGCCAAGAACAUUGGGUUCGUUAACACAGCUGGGCCAAUCAAACAUCAAGCCGUUGCGGUUAGGGUUCAAUCAGAUGAGUCGAUAUUUUUCAACUGUAGAUUCGAUGGUUACCAAGACACGCUCUACACCCACUCCCACCGUCAGUUCUACCGAGACUGCACCAUCUCAGGCACUAUUGAUUUCCUCUUUGGAGACGCGGCUGCUGUAUUCCAAAAUUGUACUUUGUUGGUGAGGAAGCCACUCCCGAACCAGGCAUGUCCGAUCACAGCCCACGGUCGUAAAGACCCGAGGGAAUCAACCGGAUUUGUGUUCCAGGGUUGCACAAUUGCUGGCGAACCGGAUUACUUGGCAGUCAAGGAAACUAGCAAAGCCUAUCUCGGAAGGCCAUGGAAGGAGUACUCAAGGACUAUCAUCAUGAACACUUUCAUCCCAGAUUUCGUCCAGCCACAAGGAUGGCAACCGUGGCUCGGAAACUUUGGCCUCGACACGUUGUUCUACUCUGAAGUUCAGAACACAGGACCAGGAGCAGCCCUUGCAAGCCGGGUUACUUGGCCAGGAAUCAAGACACUUAGCAACGACGAGAUCCUCAAGUUCACACCGGAUCAGUACAUCCAAGGUAACGUUUGGGUUCCUGGCAAAGGUGUUCCGUACACUCCUGGCCUUUUGGCUGCUAACCCAACGACCGCUGCGACAACCGUCCCGAGCGACUCAGCUGCUCCAGGUUUCUCCUCCUUCACCGACACAAGUGGCGCUGGCUCGAUUUCUCCAGCUGCUUCCCCGGAGAGCUCCGGUACGAUGGUUUCAAAGUCUACCUAAAAGAUCGAUUAAGAUACCAUAUAAUGUGUUUUUUCCUACUCUAAUUUUCUUUUUAAAAAAACCUGAAAAGAAAAAAGUUUCCACAACCUCGAGGAGUUCAGGAUUAUUGAUCUACCAAAUUGUUGAGAUUAAUGUUUAGCUUUGUAAACUCAUGUUUAUUAUUGCAGUACAUUAAAGAUGUUGUUUAUAAAUCGAUUAAAAUUUCCAUAUGUAGA